GUCAGAGGCGCAGCUCAGUCAGCAUUCAGCAGGAUCGUGAUCACCUGUGAGGGAGGUGGAAACAUAUAUUUUUAUUAGAUUCGAUUGGUUGUCAUCGAGUUACGAGCCAGUCCCGUGCUGCCUCUGAGAGGGGACAAACUUCCCCCAAGUAGCCUAUACUGUUAGUUUGCUUGGCUUGGAAAACUGUUUACAAUUCUGGUCCUGGUCAAUACGGUCUGCUGAACUAUAAAUAAGGAGGGACAAAAUGUUAAACGCUGUUACAGAACGAUACGACGCGUUUUUUAAGCAGAAGAACGUGGUAACGGAUUUUCUAUCAGUUUUAGAGGAGAAAACUGGAGUUCAGAAACAGUACAUUGCAACAGGUGCCGUGUCUAUUGUGGCUCUCUAUUUGAUAUUUGGAUAUGGUGCCUCUCUCCUCUGCAACUUGAUUGGUUUCGCAUACCCAGCGUAUGCCUCCAUCAAAGCCAUCGAGAGUAACAAUAAAGAUGAUGACACCAAAUGGCUAACAUACUGGGUGGUUUAUGGACUCUUUAGUGUGGCUGAAUUUUUCUCUGAUAUCUUCCUCUUCUGGUUUCCCUUUUACUAUGCUGGGAAGUCCCUGUUUCUGCUGUGGUGCAUGGCUCCGGUCUCAUGGAAUGGCUCUCAGAUCAUAUACACACGUGUGGUGAGACCUUUCUUCCUCAAGCAUGAAGCAGUAUUUGACAACGUUGUCAGCGAUUUGAGUGGCAAGGCCAAAAGUGCAGCAAUGGAAGGCUUGACAUUGCUGAACAGUGAUAAGAAUAAAUGAUUCGAAGGUGGGGAUAUGGAGAAUCAUUUUACCAGGAGCCCUGUGUUUACAUCCAUUUCAUUUAUUUAGUCACUAAAACCCACUGAAAUUAUUCAUCUUUACUGCAUCUGAGCCAGGCAGCGCAAUCACUCCCAAAAUGGUCCUUAAACGUUCUUACAUUUCUCAGAUGGUCCACAAAUGUUCUUGGGAUACUAUUUAAUUCAACUUCACGUUUCUGUUUUGUUCAUCCUAUACAUUAUUUUAGCACUUUGACCAAAGAAAGAAAUGUUUAAGUCACUGUCUUUUAAUGAAUAAAACUGGAAAGAGCAAUGCCUAAAUAUAAAACCUGUUAUCCAAAUUUA